GGGGCCGCCAUGUCUCGGGGCGGGCCGUGGCCGCGGCGGCGGGCCUGGCUCUGGCUCUGGCUGCGCGGCGCGGCGGCGGGGCUGACGCUGGCGCUGCUGGGCCUGGCCUGCCUGGUGCUGCGGGGCCCGGGGCCGGGCGCGGCGCUGCUGGGCGCGGCGGGGGCCUGGUGCGCCCUGAGGCCCGGCCCGGGGGCGCCGCGCAGGCCGGGGACCCGGGGCGGCCCCAAGCCGCCGACCGCGGCCAACGGGGGCCCCUUCGCCAUGGGCGGCCAGCUGGGCCGGGCCGAGCCGCGCCCCGCCGGGGGAGCCGGGACCGCGCGGCCCCUGAGCCGCCGCCUCGCCGCGGGGGAUCACCUGACUCCACCAACUCCCUUUGCGCUGACUCCUCGACACCGGUAUCCAAUUCAGCAGGCCCAGUACUCCUCGUUGGGGGCCCUGCCCACAGUAUGCCUGGAUGGCUACCAGAGGAAAAGCCUGCUAUCUGCUCGCAACUCCAGCAUGGUGCACAGCCCAGUGACAGUGAAGAUUGCACGUCCGGACAGCAACCUGGCCCGCUCUCCACUCCUGGAGCAGCUGGUUUCACCAAUGGCCUUGUCAUGCAAUAGCACCCUGGACCCAUGUGCAAAGGAGACUGUACUGAGUGCCCUCAAAGAGAGCAGGAAGAGGGCUGUGGAGGAGGAGGACCAGAGUUUCCCUAGUGGUCAGGAGAACAAAAGAAGACGCCAUGACAGCAGUGGCAGUGGGCAGUCUGCGUUUGAGCCUCUGGUAGCUAAUGGAGCCCCAGCUUCUCUUGUACCCAAGCCAGGCACUUUGAAGAGGGCCCUCGUUUCCCAGUGCCUAGACGAUUGCUUGAGCAAGAGAUCGCGCACUUCUUCCAUCGGCUCCAUGAACAACACAUAUGCUGGUGGGAUUCCCAGCUCCAUCCGCAAUGCCAUCGCUAGCUCCUACAGCUCCACCCGGGGACUCUCGAAGCUGUGGAAGAGAAGUGGCCCGAGUACUUCCCCUCUCUCCAGUCCGGCAUCUUCCCGCUCUCAGACACCGGAGAGGCCUAGCAAGAAAGCAAGGGAGGAGGAUCCUCACUGGUCCAGCACUUCUACCCCUGUAAAAUCUGACAAGGAGCUGCAGACAGAAAAGGCUUUGGAGACUCCUGUGCGGAAGAAGCAGAGUUCCUUGACCUUGCCGUCCAUGUCAGGGAGCAGUGGGAAACGCAAGCGGAAGAUCCAGCUGCUUUCUUCUCGCCGAGGAGACCAGCUUACCCUGCCCCCACCCCCUCAGCUAGGUUAUGCUGUCACAGCAGAGGACUUGGAUGCAGAAAAGAAGACAGCACUGCAAUGGUUCAACAAAGUCUUGGAGGAUAAGACAGCAGUAGAUGCCACCCCAAGCACUGCUGCAGAAACCACCCCUGCAUCCAGGCCUGUGUCAUUCACACUGCCAUCUACUGGUCCUACGUCUGUUUCGUCGGCCCCCCUGGUCACUGACACUGGCUCACUCCUGGAGAGUCUGAAGAAGAUGCAGAGCAGCCAGAGUGCUCUUGUGCUUUCAGAUUCGACUGGGGCUGCAGUGACAUCUCAGCUGCCUCUGACAGUUCCCACGGUAUUGCUGGAUUCAGGUUCACUCCCUGCAACCGUGUCUGACUCCAAGCCUGCGCUGACAUUAAACUUGCCUGCUCCCUUGGCCCCUCCCUCUUCCACUGUUCAGCCUGCCAGCAGUGUGAGCAACCUGGCAAUUCCUGCUUCAUCCGACCUGGGCCAGACCCCCACCAAGACGUCCUCCCCACCAAAGCCCAGCAUUCUCUUUGGGAUGCUGAGUACACCGCCAGCCAGCCAGCCUGGACCAGCGGCAGCAUCCACUGCACCCGCAGCCAUCCCCAUGUUCAAACCAAUCUUUGGCACCCUGCCAAAAAGCGAGAGUGGGGCGCUCUCUGCAGCAGGCACCUCUCUGGCAGUCGCAGCAGCUACUGGCUCCGUGCCUCCCUCAACAGCUGCUUCCUCUGCCGCCACCACCACAUUCAAGCCCCUCUUUGGGAACGUAGCAGCUGGUGCUGCCCCUGGAGCAACAGCGUCUCCUUUCACAUUCAAGCAGACACCUCAGCCAGCCCCAGCUGCUGACCUGACAGUAACUUCCACUACAGACACCACCUCUGUCUUCACCGGCCUCCCCAACGCCGUCUUUACGACGGCAGCUACCACUGCCAGCCCACCGGGUGCCACCACUGACUCCAGCACAAAGCCGGCCUUCAGCUUUGGACUCGGCGUGCCGCUUGCCACCAGUGUCUCCCACAGCACAACUGUCGCUGCUCCCAUCUCCGCCCGAGCAAGCCAGCCGUUCCUGUUCGGAGCCUCUCCAAACCCGGCCCCUAGCACAGCAGCCAGCUUCACGCCUACCGCUCCUGUCUUCCAGUUUGGAAAGCCUGCAGCCCCCGCAGCCCCCACUACCAGCGUUCCAGCAGGCUCCGCCUUUGGCCCCGUGCCCUUGAAUGCAGCACAGGCUGCUCCCAGCACCACCGCUGGCUUUAAUAUCUUUGGGGGCACAAAUCUGACCUCUUCUACCCCACCAACCACCAGUCAGUCAACGCUGUCGUUUGGUUCCUCCACUGCUGCAUUUGGGGGUUCCUUUGGAACAGGUGCAAAACUGCCCCCUCCGUAUCCUGGUGCAGCUGGUCAGCCUGCGUUUGCCACUGGCGCCCCGGAGAGCCAGCAGCCCACCAGCAAACCUGCCGCUGGCCCAGCAAGCUUCAGUACCCCCGCUUUCGGCUUUGGGGCCUCCGCGGCCCAGUCCGCAGCACAGCCGGCCUUUGGGAACAGCUCCCAGCCAGUUUUCGGAGGCACCACAUCCGUGUUCUCCUUCGGAACAGCUGCCACUUCAACCGUGUCAAGUUUUGGCUCCAACACCCAGCCUACAAAGAGCAGUACGGGUAGCAUGGUAUUUGGCGGAAGCACCCCCUCCCCAUUCCCCUUUGGGGGGCCCAGCCAGCAGAGCACAGGUGCCAGUACCUUUGGCAUGGGAGCGCCUGCCCCGAGUGGGGGCACCCCCGCAGUGGCAUUCAGUUUUGGGGCUGGACAGAACGGAUCGGCAAGCGCAGCAACCCCCUUUGGUUCUUCUUUGACACAGAACACGCUGGGUGCCCAAAACCAGAGUGCGCCAUUCGCCUUCGCUGUGCCUGGCACUCCUGACAGCAAGCCUGUGUUUGGAGGAUCUCCCACUCCCUCCUUUGGGCAGAGCACGCCUGCCUCAGGAGCAGGACCUGUCGGGAGCAACAGCCUUUCCUUCGGGACCCCCAGCACUCCCGGGUCGGGCUUCGGAGGAGCAAGGCCUCCAUUUGGACCAUCAGCCCCUGCAUUUUCUAUCGGGGCAGGAUCCAAGACUGGGCCCCGUCAGCGGCUGCAGGCACGAAGGCAGCACCCCCGCAAAAAGUAGCCUCUUGGCUCUUCCGUUGGAUCGUAGCUCUGGCCCGGCUGUGAAGAGCCCCGCCAGCUACGUGAGCAAAGGGGCCUAGUUCUAAGUAACCCUUCUGACGAGCAGCCAGGGCCCUGGGGUCAGGCGCUCGCUUCUGAAAUCAGUUGGAGACACUUCUGGGCGACGCAGGACAGGAUAAACCAAACCCUUCGUACUUGAACAGUUCCACGGCCGAGACUGGAUAAACUCUGUACAUAUCAGCAGUGUUCCUCUUCUCCCUUCUUUCUCCAGGGCUUCAUCUAGCGGCUCCUGUGCUCUCCUGACCUGACAGUUGAGCCUUGCCCAUCCGCCAUGUACCGAGUGCGUGGAGUGGGGGGACGAGGGGAUGUGCGCAUGGUGCCGGCCCAUAUGCACGUUCCCUGUGCCUGAAUGGAAACCCGUGUUCUGCUCCUUCGCUUGCUGUGUCCCUGCAUUCUUCCCCCUUGUAGCUUUGCUGUAAGUGAGGCUCUUCCCUCCAGGCAGAUGUGUUCCCAGUCUGCUUCGUGGCUGCUGGCCCUGGAGGGAGGGUGUCUUCGCUGGCUCCAGAGGCCUUUCCCUGCAUGGUGAUCUCAUGACUUGGUAAACACACCUCUCCCCCCUCCUCCUAUGGGACUCCAGCCUCUGGUUUGAACUGGCAGGUGCUGACUUGCCAGACAUCUGGCCUGGGCAAAUCUAGUAGGUGGGACUGGACCGAGUCCCUGUGUGUUGGGGAGUAACUCUUGGUGCUCCAGACAGACCACCAUCCAGCUCCUGCAUCUGGGCCUAAUUACCGCUGUGAGCAAUCUGCCUUUGAAUGCUCCUAAGCAGACCUUGCAACUCAGCAUCUUUCGUCUCCUGCGGGAACCUAGGAUAGGUUGGCAGAGCUGCCCAUUGCAGGGGGUAACCUAGCCUCUGCAGCCAGGGAAGGCAGGAGGGUGGUGCCUUUGGUGCACCAGAGGUGUUCUGCCACGCCCGAAACGAGCAGAACCCCUGCCCAGAGGAGGUGGGACGCUGUCACUUACUGCCCUCUCCCGUCGUCAUGCUCCUGUAGUUUUCCCUGCUCCUGUCUAAGCACUGUCUGUUGUGCUCUUCGUAUAUUUGCUCCUGUUUGUUCGCUCAUUGAAUCGAGCUUGGAGGAAGAAUUGAACCGUGUGAGUGGCGGCAUGUUGGUAAUGCCGGAUUUGCUGUGUAAAGAUUUUGCGGGGAGGCUGUCUCCUAGUGGGGGAUGUGCCCUGCCUAAUUGGGUGUUGAGAGUAGCAUCAUUGUGUGGCUACUAGUGCUGAGUGAACUCUGUAUCUAAAUGUGAUGACUGAAAGGAUGGCAGCCUGGGGCGUGGGGGGCCAUAGGGCCCUCGGGAUGCAUGGGGCUGGAAGGGUUCCCUAGGUCACGGUUUGGCAGCCUCUUUGCUGUCAUGCCCUGCUCCAAGCCUAGCUCUUCUCUCCCCUGUGUCAAACCCAGCUUGCUCUUGUCUACGCAUGGUCUGUAGCACAUGUCCCUUCUUGCUUCCCUUCAGUGCCAGGCUUCCCUGGGACUGCACGGAGCUGCAGACCCUGCCUGAAGCCACUAAAGGGAAAGAAUCCCCAACUGACAUGCUUAGGACUCUGCUUUUUGCCCCCUUGUUAAACUUUCUAGCUGCUCCCCACUGAGACUGGCUCCAGGGGCCCAGUGGGAGCCAGCGGGGGGUGCUCCUGGGGCUGCCCCUGUAUCUUGGAGCGGAGUGGGCCAGGGCUUCUAUUCCCUCUGUUGCCCGCAGCCUCUGGGGAGCUUUCAUUGGGAGGAUGCCUUGUGUGCCUCGGGGAGAGGGGCUGACACGCCAAAGGCCUAGGCCCCUAUGACUCCCCCACGUUCCAAGAGUGACUCUGGCCGCCAGAUCUUUUUACUACUCAGAGGUGUGAGUGUGUGUCUGCCGAAUCCUAAAUUAACAGAUAUUUAAACAUUUUUUAAGAAAAUAAAAAUUUAUUUUUAUAUUUAAGCUAAAUUGCCUUUGAAUUCCUUCAAGCUUGGUUCACUGAGGUGGUCAAAAGUUCAAAGCUGUUGACUAGGAUUUAGCUGUGCAGUUACCUCUGGGGAGGAGGAAGUGGUCCCUUGCAGGCCUGGAACCCACCCCUGCCAGCCAUGGCAGGCUGGGCUAGCAGCUGGGAAGGGCAGCUAGCCCAUGUGGUGCUUUGCCCAGAGGCGUGGGGGCAGGAAGGGCUGGCCUGCUCUGUCCGAGUGGGUGCAUUCUCUUCCUGCUGGCAGGAACUGCCAGGGCUGCUUCUCCCCUGACAGUCAAUGUUACAUGAAAUGUACUUAAUUCUUUUAUAAUGUGCUGUAUGUGGAUGUGACUAAACUUUUUUAUUUUUCCUUGAGACUGAGGCUUAGGAGCUCUUGCACGUCAGAGAGAGUUGGGUGUUAUUUUUUUCUUCCAGGAACAAUGAGCCUCUCCUGGCUGGGGAGGCAGGACAUGGGCGGAAAGUCUCUGGGCUCUAGCAGCUGGGAGGUGGCUCCCUUUAGAGUGUGGGGGUGGAGGUUGCGCUGCACUCACCCCUGCCCCUUUGGAGGGCUAUAGCUGCCUGGUGUUGGGCUGCUUUCCAGCCUUUCCUUAGGGUACCAAAGCAGCCAUUGUGGGCUGUGGGGGGCUCUCCCCGGUCCAUGGGCACUGCCCAACCAUGUAAAGAGCACCGGCCCAGCCUUGCGGGAGUCUCAUUUCAGUCUGACUCUUCGCACGGUUUUGGAAAAUGAGGUGAAGGGGCUCAUACCUUAAAACUGGUCCCAGACCCCCACCCCUCACCUGAGAGGCCGUAGCGGCACUUCUCUCCUUGCUGCCGAGCACCUGUCUGGGCCCACGCGCUGUCCUGUCGGGCGACCACUCAUUCAUCGCUGGUGUCAGGCCUGUGCUUUUCCAGCCUGCUGCCUUCGGGGGGGAGGGGGGCAAUGUAUGCUGUGUUCAGAGGAUCUGGAGCUUCCCAAAUCCACUGGGAAUUGGGGCGGUUUGGUUCUGACACGCUGUGAAUGGUCCGUGGCUGUUGGUUCGUGGAUGUCUUUGCUCGCUGGCUUAGAUACAAGAAUUGCUUCUACCCAGAAAAAAGAGGAGAGUUCAGUGUCAGCCAGUGAGCAGAGAUCAAGGUAGGUGUUGGUGCUCGCUGCUGUGACCGCUGGCAGGCCUGCUCCCACGUGCCUGUAUUCCUGGGAGACGGGCCUGAGGGAACUGGCCUACAGAGCUCCGUUAGCAAGAGGAGGCAGCUCUUCUGGUUACCUCAGUUGACUUUCCUCCAGCACAAGCCCAUUCUGCCCAGCCUCCCAUCUAUCUCCGUUCAUGGCGGUGCUAGGCUAGAGGUGACCUACGAGGUAGAGGCCACGUAUUAAGUUUUCUGGCCAUGUUAUGCUGCAUUGGUGUGUAACUUACUGCAAUUCUAACGCCCUGCAGCAGAAUAUAAGGAGGAGGCCUCUUGCGCCUCACACAGCUGGGCUCCUGCAGGCUAAUUAAACUCUGUUGGGAGUAUAUUGCAUCUGAGGCCCCUGUUCACACCAAUGGGGUGUAAUGCAUUUCAGAGCUGAACUCCAGGCUGUCUUGGUAUUCCACAUCAGAGGCAGGUUGCUGGGGCUGGUGGAAGAGCGGAACAGAACAAUGGUGGGUGGUUGGUCUCUAUUUAUAGAAUAAAUUAUCAGCAACCCAAAAGAGCCCUGUGCAGUGGUUUGUGCCCGGAAACAAACCAUGUUCAUAAUCAGUCUUCAGGGCACGGAGGUUUCAGGCUAGUCCAGUGAAAGAACCAGGGUAGGAAGAAGUAAUAGGGUCCAGAUACCACCACAGACCGGGGGGGCUGGUUCAGACACUUGCUAGAGUGUUACCCUGGGCUUGUUUUUAAACUGGCCCUGGUCUCGUGCUGGUGCUCUAAACUACCAAGCCAUUUAGCAGCAGUAACGAGUCACUUUGCUGUACCUUGGUUGGGCUUGUGUUUGUCAAUGGCCCUUUCCUCUUUUUCUAACGCAGUUCUGCUGGGCCUGAGUUUUCCAAGCUCUCCCACCGUUCUCUGCUGUGAUUAGCAAAUACCAAAGCUGCCUAGUGACCAGGCCGCUGCUCUAAAGGACCCCAUCUGCUUAUUGCACAGAGACCUUCCGCUGCCCGGCUUCCUCUGUAGCGGCUGGGUGAGAACUGUGUGCGUUGCAAACCUGAGUGGGCUACAGUACGUGAAUGUUGACAGGGGUGGGAGGCUGGGUUUUUUUUAAUUACAAAUGAAAACUUAGAUCAUUCCUGGUGCAGCUGGUGGGGAUUUUUAGUGUGAAUGUGCAAUUUUUUCCCUUGCUUAUGUCAUUGAUUUAAAAUAAAAACAAAAUUGUGCUCGA